AUGGACAAAACAGCUGAUUCUCAAAAUUUGGCAGCUUCCCGAUCUCGACGUGAGAAAAAAUGUAAAGCAGGCAGACUGGAAGCAUUGGAACGUUUGAAAAAGGCAAAGGCUGGUGAAAAGAUAAAAUAUGAGAUUGAAGAAUUCACAAGUGUUUAUGAAGAAGUUGAUGAAGAACAGUAUUCCAAGAUGGUCAAGGAACGUCAGGAUGAUGACUGGAUUGUGGAUGAUGAUGGUAUUGGUUAUGUAGAAGAUGGCAGGGAGAUUUUUGAUGAAGAUUUAGAAGAUGAUGCUCUUGAUUCCAGCAAGAAAAGAAGAGGAGAGAGAACUUCCACAAAUGAUAAAAAAAAAGUGCAGAAGGCAAUGGUAUCAAAACCAAACACGAUUAAAUCUAUGUUUAUGGCUAGCACUGGGAAGAAGAAUACUGAUAAAGCUGUUGAUCUGUCUAAGGAUGAUUUGCUAGGAGAUAUCUUACAGGAUCUGAAUGAAGAGUCAGUCCAUAUAGCACCACCACCAGGGAUAAUGAUAAAAAAGAAGAGACUUUCUGGAACAUCACUAAAUCCUUUCUCUGUUCAGUCUCAGAUCUGUAAGAGAACUUCUGCAGCAAAAACUGUUACUCCUGUCAAAAAGGAAGUUUCUUCAUUGAAUUCAUCUCACUCCAACCAAUCAGUCUAUACAUCAAGGCCACAGACAGUCAAAGAAGCAGUUGGUGAUCCUGAAAACGGAAUUCAAAUUGUGGAAAAUGGAGAACUGGUAAAAACUAGGCAAGAAGAAAUUACUAAAGAAGAUGAACAGGCUAUUAUGGAUUUUGAUGAUGAAGACUUCAGUGAAUCUAUAGAGGAUGCAGGAAUUGUAGCAGAAAAAGCUACAUCCCUGAAGGAAGAGCUAAAGUUGAAAGACCAAGAAACAAGAAACUCUUCCCUCUCUGAUAUUUCAUGUUGGGACAAAAUCACUGAAAAUGAUGAUGAGCAAUUAGUUUCAGAAGUUCAAGUAGAUUCUAGGGAACUUCCACUAGUAAUUGGAGAAGAUGGGCAGCAGGUCUUCAGGUUCUAUUGGUUAGAUGCUUAUGAAGAUCAGUAUAAUCAGCCUGGGGUGGUAUUUCUCUUUGGUAAAGUGUGGAUUGAAUCUGCGAAGGCCUAUGUUAGCUGCUGUGUGUCAGUAAAAAAUAUUGAGAGAACUAUUUAUCUCCUCCCACGUGAGUCGCGGAUCGAUUUAUCUUCUGGUAAUGAGACAAAAAAUCCUGUGACCAUGAUGGAUAUCUAUCAAGAAUUUAAUGACAAGAUUGCAGAAAAAUACAAGAUCAUGAAGUUCAAGUCCAGGAAAGUGGAAAAGAAUUAUGCUUUUGAAAUACCAGAUGUUCCUGCAAAAUCUGAUUACCUAGAAGUUAGAUACUCGGCUGACUUCUCUCGGCUUCCUCAAGACCUGAAAGGAGAGAUGUUUUCUCAUGUGUUUGGAACUAACACGUCUAGUCUAGAGCUGUUUUUGAUGAGCAGGAAGAUCAAAGGACCAAGUUGGCUAGAAAUAAAAAAUCCACAGCUCUUAAAUCAGACUGUCAGUUGGUGUAAGGUGGAAGUAGCAGCACUGAAGCCUGAUUUGGUGGAUGUGGUGAAAGAUCUUUCACCCCCUCCUCUUGUGAUUAUGUCUCUUAGCAUGAAGACAGUUCAGAACACAAAGACUCAUCAGAAUGAGAUUAUGGCUAUUGCAGCUUUAGUACAUCACAAAUUUUGUCUGGACAAAGCACCGCCUGAACCUCCAUUUCAGAACCAUUUCUGUGUUAUUUCCAAACCAAAUGACUGCAUUUUCCCAUAUGACUUCAAAGAAGCUGCUAAGACAAAGAAUACUAAAAUAGAGAUUGCUGGAACGGAGAGGAUGCUUCUGGGAUUUUUUCUGGCAAAGGUUCAUAAAAUUGAUCCUGAUGUUAUUGUGGGACAUAAUAUUUAUGGCUUUGAUAUGGAAGUCCUUCUCCAGAGAAUUAAUAUGUGCAAAGUUCCACAUUGGUCUAAGAUAGGCCGACUGAGGAGAUCGGUCAUGCCAAAGCUCGGGGGUCGUGGCGGAUUUGCUGAAAGAAAUGCGGCAUGUGGUCGAAUUAUUUGUGAUGUAGAAAUUUCAGCAAAGGAGUUGAUUCGUUGCAAGAGCUAUCAUUUGUCUGAACUGGUCAAUCAGGUUCUGAAAAUGGAAAGAGUGACAAUUCCAUCUGAAGAAAUAAGAAAUAUGUACAGUGAUUCUCGUCACUUGCUUUACAUGCUGGAGAACACCUGGACUGAUGCCAAGUACAUUUUACAGAUAAUGUGUGAGCUUAAUGUUCUUCCACUAGCCCUUCAGAUCACAAAUAUUGCUGGGAAUGUUAUGUCAAGGACACUGAUGGGUGGGCGAGCUGAGCGUAAUGAGUUCUUGCUCCUUCAUGCGUUUUACGAAAAAGAUUUCAUUGUGCCUGAUAAGCAGCUUUUUAAAAAGCCUCAACAGAAACAGCUAGAUGAAGAUGAAGAUUUUGAAGGUGAUCAGAAUAAAUCAAAGAUGGGGCGAAAAAAGGCAGCAUAUUCUGGAGGCUUAGUUUUGGAUCCAAAAAUCGGCUUUUAUGACAAGUUCAUUCUGCUUCUUGACUUCAAUAGCUUGUACCCUUCAAUUAUCCAAGAGUUUAACAUAUGUUUCACGACAAUUCAUAGGGUAUCGUCUAAUAUGCAAAAAAAGGCAGAGGAUGGAGAACAAGAAGAAAUUCCAGAAUUACCAGAUCCAACCCUAGAAAUGGGAAUUUUGCCUAAAGAGAUCAGGAAGCUAGUCGAGCGAAGGCGUCAGGUGAAGCAAUUGAUGAAACAACCAGACUUAAAUUCUGACCUCUACUUACAGUAUGACAUCAGGCAGAAGGCUUUGAAGCUAACUGCAAAUAGCAUGUAUGGUUGCCUUGGAUUUUCCUACAGCAGAUUCUAUGCAAAGCCUUUAGCUGCUUUGGUGACGUUCAAAGGCAGAGAGAUUUUGAUGCAUACCAAGGAGAUGGUACAGAAGAUGAAUCUGGAAGUAAUUUAUGGUGAUACUGACUCCAUUAUGAUAAACACAAACAUUACCAACUUGGAAGAGGUCUUUAAAUUGGGGAAUAAGAUUAAAAGUGAAGUGAACAAACUGUACAAAUUGUUGGAGAUAGAUAUUGAUGGAGUCUUUAAGUCCCUUUUGCUGUUGAAAAAGAAGAAAUAUGCUGCUUUGGUUGUAGAGCCAACAGGAAAUGGAAACUACGUUACCAAGCAAGAACUUAAAGGACUAGACAUAGUGCGAAGAGACUGGUGUGACCUUGCAAAAGAUACUGGAAAUUACAUAAUUGGCCAGAUUCUUUCUGCUCAGUCCCGAGACAUAAUUGUAGAAAACAUCCAAAGGAAAUUAAUCCAAAUUGGAGAAGAUGUGGUAAAUGGCAGUGUGCCAAUAAAACAAUUUGAAAUCAACAAGGCAUUAACAAAGGAUCCCCAGGAUUAUCCUGACAAAAAAAGCCUGCCGCAUGUGCAUGUUGCCCUAUGGAUAAACUCUCAAGAGGGUAGAAAACUGAAAGCUGGGGAUACUGUGUCUUAUGUUAUCUGUCAGGAUGGAUCAAAUCUGAGUGCAAGCCAGAGGGCGUAUGCUCCAGAACAGUUGAACAAACAAGAAAAUCUUGUUAUUGAUACUCAGUAUUAUCUGUCACAACAAAUUCACCCAGUAGUGGCUCGUAUCUGUGAACCCAUAAAUGGAAUUGACUCUGUCCUUAUUGCAUCUUGGUUAGGACUGGAUCCCUCGCAGUUCAAAGUCUAUCACCAUUAUCAUAAAGAUGAGGAGAAUGAUGCCUUGCUUGGUGGCCCAGUUCAGCUCACUGAUGAAGAGAAAUAUAAAGACUGUGAAAGAUUCAUGUUUGCCUGCCCAAAAUGCGAGACAGAGAACAUUUAUGACAAUGUCUUUGAUGGUUCGGGUCUGCUGACUGAAGCCAGUUUGCUACAGUGCAGCAAAAAAGAAUGUGAUGAAUCCCCUCUAAAACAUAUAACCCAAAUUAAUAACAAACUAAUUCUGGAUAUAAAACAUUACGUAAGAAAGCACUACAGUGGUUGGUUGAUAUGUGAAGAGCAGACGUGCCAAAAUCGUAUGCGUCGACUUCCACUUCGCUUUUCCCGGAAUGGUCCUCUCUGCCCUGCAUGUAAGAAAGCUGUUGUUAGACAAGAGUAUUCUGACAAGGCCCUAUACACCCAGCUGUGCUUUUACCGGUACAUUUUUGAUGUGGACUAUGCAAUGGAAAAACUUACUGAUCAAGAGAAAGAUCAUGUGAAGAACAGGAAGCAGUCAAAUUUCAAGGACAUUGAGAUGGAUUACAAAAAACUGAAGAGUACAGUAGACAAAUGGUUAUCCAUGAGCAGCUACUCUGAAGUGAACCUCAGCAGAAUCUUUCAGACAUUCAAUGGAGUAAAAACUGUGGGAGAUCCCAGUAGUUAAAUUCUGAGUUUAGGUAGAAUGGGGACAAAAUGCUUUUAUGGAGACCUUUC